UCCACGACUUUCACAGUUUACUCCCCAAGUCUUGGCUCGUGUGGACGACAAAGUGGAAAUCAAGAUAUGAUUGUAGCUGUUAGCCAUACUAUAUACGAUUCCUUUUGGGCAGGUGCCAACCCUAACUCAAAUCCGAUUUGCGGAAAACGGAUCAGGGCAACCUACGGAUCUAAUAGUAUUGAUGUGGUGGUGGUAGACAGGUGUACAGGAUGUUCUCACUUUGACUUGGACUUUUCACCUGGUGCAUUUGCAAAGCUAGGAUCACCAGACCAAGGUAGAUUGCACGGUAUGCAAGUGAGUAGGAUGUCUCAUGGCCACCAAUUCUUUUGUUUGAUAUUUUAG